AUGCAAUCCAGCUUGAUUAUCAGCGUUCUUAUUGUUUGCAGCGGUGUAAUUGCCGUACCCACUUCUCGUGGGAGCAACUAUGCCGCUACUGAGCCAUACGGAGAAUCUGAGUCAUACGCGCCAACCAACUCAUACUCCCCGCCACCCAAGUCGUACUCUUCAUCAGUACAGCACUCAUCUUACACUCAGAAGCCUUCAUACACUAACACGGCCGUCCCUCAAUAUUCCUCCGGACCCGGCCAAUUCCCUCGGGUCCAUGCCCCUGGGCCUGUCCGUUUCCCAUCGGGCUCAGUCGGUGCAUACCCCCAAUACGGAGGCUUUGGAAACGGUGGUGGCAUGCUUCCCGGCUUCGGCCUCGGAGGUCUUGGACUCGGAGCCAAUGCGCAAGUUGCAGGAGGCGUCGGAGGCCUCGUCGAGGGUGGAACCGGCUUCGGUACGGGUAUAGGCGCAAAUGCGUUGGCAAAUGUCGGCACGGGCCUUAAAGCAGGUGCGCGAGUCGGAGCUGGCGUUGGCGGCCCUUUGGUCGGAGCUGGGGCAAACGUCAAUGCGGCUGUCGGGGCUGGGGUCGGCGGUCCUCUCGUCAGAGCUGGCGCUAACGUCCACGCGGCCGUCGGAGCCGGUGUCGCUGGUCCUUUCGUCGGAACUAAUGCUAACGUUCACGCGGCCGCCGGGGUUGCAGGUCCCACCUCCAUUGCUGCCCAGGCCAAUGUUGGAGCAGCUGUUUCGGCCGCCCCUGUAGCAGUAGGUGCUGCAGCUCGUGUUGGAGCUGGAGUCGCCGUAUAAACUCCAAUUUGAUUUUCCCUUUGCUACUCACACUCCCAAGGAAUACAUCCGUUCAUUGUUGCAUUUUUUUGCAUUUUGCCACGUCUAAAGAGUCUACAUACAAAUGCGCUGUACGGCCCUGUAUCGGAC